AUGUUGACGAUCGGGCGAUUCCCAUCCAUUGGAUUGUACCAACAACGCGUGGGCUGCCCAAGCAAGUGCAAGUACACCUCAAUCGAUAUCACGACGAGAAAGUACCAAUAUUUCAACGAUGUUAAAGAAAUAACGGUGAAAAAAUGGCGACGCGGCUAUGUGAACGCAAAAAUUGGAGUGAGGAAAAUGUUUGGACCGGAAGCUCAAGAAAAUGGGAUCACCUCUUGUUUGAAGCCAUUGCUUUGGUUCAACGAUUGGCGCCGUUUGCUUCUCUAUUUUGAGUUGGCACGGGGAAUCGGGUACACAAGAUUUCUGAUAGCGUGGAAUUUUGUAUCGAGUGACGUGAAGAAAGUGAUCGAUCAUUACAGAAAUUUGAGUCUUGUCGAUAUCCCGUAUCCAAUCACGGCAAACGAUCCACAGAUGAUCUACGCAAAUGAAUUCGUUCUUGAGGUUUCCUCAACCGAUGUCACAAAGUUUUUCUUGAAUAAGAAGAUGAGAUCGAUGAAUUCGAAGGAUGCCAUUUAUCUCAAGAUCAACUACGAGAAAGAUUCUGGAAACGAUUCUCUUCUGCCGAAUAUUCCCUUGAUUGAAAAGGAUCCUGAGCUAAUCAAUCGAAUCCGAGAUCGAGUGAAAGAGAUUUUCGGAGACAAAACUCCAGACUAUGAUAGAACGAUUCUUGAACGAUAUAGUCUUUGUUCAAAGGAUGAUAAGACCUGUGAGUCACCCAUUGGAAGAUGUGUAUCGGAGCUGGAAAAUGCCGAGAAAUGGAUUCAAAAUGACGCGCCGGCUUGGGAUAAACUCUAUGUUUUG